AAACAAAAGAACUACCAUUUUGGCCGUACCAGUCUGUCUAUCGCCUCUUCACUCUUCAAGCCUCACAUAAACCCCUCACCUCCUCUUUUCUCUCUGAACCCCACUACCAGAGCGACGCCGUUUCGCUCCCAUGGCUUCCAUCUCGGCGGACCUCGCCACGACCCUUAUCGGCCUAACUUCUCGCCGCUCGACCCGACUCCCCUGGGUCGGAGCCGCAGCGGCCCUAUUCCCCCUGACGUGGAGACCGAGGACUUUCCCACGUUCCCAAACCCUACGCUACUCGAAGUCGUCGUUUCGCCGAGCUCUUCUCGCCAAACCCAACCGAGGCUACAGAAGGUUCACUGCCGCGGCGAGCAGUGCAACGACGUCGCAAAGCGAGAGCUCCAACGUUUUGACCAAGAUUGAGCCUGAUAAUCGUAUCCCCGCCACAAUAAUCACCGGAUUCCUGGGCUCCGGAAAGACGACAUUGCUUAACCAUAUAUGAGCACGGGAAGCGAAUUGCGGUGAUUGAGAACGAGUUUGGGGAGAUAGACAUUGAUGGUUCUUUGGUUGCCGCAAAAACCACUGGGGCCGAAUAUAUUGUUAUGUUGAAUAAUGGUUACCUUUGCUGCACUGUGAGGGGUGAUCUUGUGCGGAUGUUUGCGGACUUGGUCAAUAAGAAGAAGGGGAAGUUCGAUCAUAUUGUCAUAGAGACUAUGGGUACGAAGUUUUUCUGUAACGUGUUGUUUGCAAGGAUUAGGGAUUGGCAAAUCCAGCACCGAUCAUUCAAACAUUUUAUGACCGAUCUUGUUGGCAAGCCAGAAAUUGCUUCUUUGGUGCAACAAAUUAAGACAAUCAAUCGCAUGGCUCAACUGAAGCGGACAGAGUUUGGAAAAGUUAACCUGGAUUAUGUUCUUGGAAUUGGUGGAUUUGAUUUAGAGAGGAUAGAGAGUGCUAUGGAUGAUGAAGGUGAAAAGGAAGAUCAUGAGCAUCGCCAUGAUCACCACCACGAUCAUGAUGAGAAACAUGAUCAUAACCAUGGUUCUAAGGGCUUAGGGAGUAAGAAAGUGCAUUUUGAGGCUAUUUGGGGCACUUUUGGGCAUGGAUUGGAUAAUUGA